AUGGUUUUACCAUCUGCGGCUGGUGCCAGAUUCCGUCAGAGGAAGAUUUCCGUGAAGCAGACCCUACAGGUCUUCAAGCAGUCUGACAUCGCUGACCUGGAGACUGAAGAUCAGCAGAGAGAAUUACAAAAGAUUGAAACUGGUGUUGAGAAGGGAGAAGAAGAAGAAGAGCAUUUACAACGAGUUAUCAAUGCCGCACAGGCUGCUGUUAUUUCUGGAGGUAAGGUUGAAAAAGCCUAUAUCCCAACUCCAGAUGCAUCACAAGUAUGGAAAGAUUAUGAUAAGUAUUAUCGUGACAAAUUUCAGCCUCCAGGCACUUAUAUUCGAUUUAGUGCCACAGUGGAAGAGACCACUGGUUGCAUAUACAAUUUAGAUGAAGAAGAUGAAAGCUUCUUGAAGGAAGUUUUGAACAAAAAUCUAGCCAAUGGCAUAAAGCCUUGCACCGAGACGGAACUGGAAAUUGUAUUGCAGCGUUUCGAAGUCGUAAUAGAUAAGAAACAGCCUUUUCUCGCCAUGGACCCAUCACAGAUUUUGACGUUUGAAGAACUUCAUUCCGCAGCAUUGGUUGUUGAUCCUAAUUCAAUUGAGGAAAUAGAAUUAAGCUUGGAGAAACAAUUAGGUUUGCAUCCAUUUCGCACUCUCCUUGAUGGCCAAAGAUCUCAACUAUCACAUAGAAAACUGGCGGAGCUACUAAGAAUUUUUGGUCAAAAAAUCUACGAUCACUGGAAGCAAAGACGUAUUGCCAGACAUGGGAGACCUAUAACAGCUCAAUUAAGGUUUGAGGACUCAUCUGAAAAGGAUGACAGCGAUCCAUAUGUUUGUUUCAGAAGACGAGAGUUCCGUCAAGCUAGGAAAACAAGACGGACUGAUACUCAAGGCUCCGAAAGGCUGCGCAAACUUCAUCGAGAACUCAAGCAGACUCGAGAUUUGCUGCUUGCUGUUGCUCAGAGAGAGGUCAAACGCAAGGAAGCUAUUGAAGUUGGACAUGAAGUCUUCCAGUUGAGAUGUAGCGUUAAAACUUUGAAGAGAGAUCUUGGUGUUAAAGGUGAAGAGGAAGACCUUGUUGCGCACAAGAGAAAGAAGGUUGUACCUACGACGGAUGAAGAUCGUAAAUACCGCAAAGGAUACAACUCUGGAAACUACCCCAACCGGAACCAAGCUCAAGCUCAACAACAGCAACAGCAGCUACAGCAGCAGCAGAUAUCUAAAUCUGGUCUCAACCCUGUAUCGAUCCAGCCAUACGUCAAGUUACCCAUGUCUAGGAUUCCUGAUAUGGACUUGAUUACCGUCUCUACAGUUUUGAAUGAAAAGGACGAAGCUAUCAAUAGAGCUGUGGCUGAAAAACUACGUCAACGGAAAGAAUCAGAUAGAGGAUGGGUUAACUUAACAGAUGACCCGUUCAACCCCUUUUUGCAAUUCACAAACCCAGAUAGCAUCUUAGAGAAAGGACAUUUUCCAUAUUCAUCCAUUGCUGCUGCACUUUUUGAAGUGGAUCAAUCCAAUUAUUUUGAUCCGGAAAUCACUCAGCUGAUAAAAGACAAGAAACCUUUACCUCGGACCCUGUGUUUCAAAGACAAUGCUCUCACCACGCCACUACCACCAUCUAUUUACGAGGUUGCUUCUAAUAAUAAACUGGAUGUAACUGCACCCAUUUGCAAAGUUAGAAAAAGGAUGGGUCGUCGUGGACUAUGGAUAGACCGCAAAAUGACUGUAGAUGAACCGCUGGAUGAGUUCCUGGAUUUUUCAACUUUCGAGAAAUCUUUGGAUGCUGACAUUACCGAUCGAAACAGCGCCAAGAGUCAGCAGGGAAUGAAUGUAUACGACUCCGUUGAUGAUGCAAAUAGUCGAUUGCGAAGUAGAUUUUCGUUUGAUCGUGAUGUUCCAUUGUUCAACCCCGUCGAUCCUAGCGAAUUGAACCAAAUUAGUUCUCAAACACAGUCGAUAAGAUUUGGUUGUAUGCUCUUGACAAAGGCAUAUGAACAGGUUCAUCAAGCCAAGCAAAAGUUAUUUUUGGAGCAGCAGCAGCAUCAGCAGAAGCAACAGCAGAAACUAUUGCAACAACGCCAGAAGGUUCAACAAAAGCUACAACAACAGCAGCAGCAGCAGCAGCAGGCACAGCAGCAAAACCCUAAAUCAAACACCAAUAAGGUAGUCAACCAAAUUAAUAACACCAAGUCUCCCGUUAAACAGUCUAAGAUUCCAUCCAAAGUGUCGAAGAAUAUUUCGGGAGUCACCACGAGCGCGGGCAAAGGAGCUUAA